CUGGCAUCAUACGGUCAACACACUCGUAACUGCUGCAUUUCCCGUAACCAUUUUCUCCUUCGCACUCCAUCAUAUCUCGCCGCAUACUCUGACAGCCCUCCCCAAAUCACCCCCUCUGUCUCCGUUUCCUUUACUUGAUCUCACGCCAGAAUGCCCAGCGCCACCGGCCAGAACUGGGAGAAGUACCAGAAGACCUUCGCCGACGACGAGGAACCCGAGAAGAAGAUCACUCCCUUAUCAGAAGAAGAUAUUCAAGUGCUACGAACAUAUGGAGCUGCUCCCUACGCAGCCGCUCUGAAGAAGCUAGAAAAAGAGAUCAAGGACAAACAACAGAGCGUCAACGAGAAGAUUGGGGUUAAGGAAUCAGAUACCGGUCUUGCUCCUCCACACUUAUGGGACGUCGCCGCCGAUCGACAACGAAUGUCGGAAGAACAGCCUCUACAGGUCGCGCGAUGUACGAAAAUCAUACAAGACGACAAGGAUCCCGAGAAGAGCAAAUAUGUCAUCAACGUCAAGCAGAUCGCAAAAUUCGUCGUCAACCUGGGAGAAAGAGUCAGUCCUACAGAUAUUGAAGAAGGCAUGCGAGUUGGCGUGGACCGUCAGAAAUAUUCAAUCAUGCUUCCCUUACCACCCAAGAUCGACCCCAGUGUUACAAUGAUGACGGUUGAGGACAAGCCUGAUGUGACGUAUGGCGACGUGGGUGGUUGCAAAGAGCAGAUAGAAAAGCUACGAGAAGUCGUGGAGAUGCCUCUACUGUCACCAGAGCGGUUCGUCAGCCUGGGCAUCGACCCUCCAAAAGGAGCACUGCUCUAUGGCCCUCCUGGAACAGGGAAGACAUUAUGUGCACGAGCGGUGGCCAACCGAACAGACGCUACUUUCAUCCGAGUCAUUGGUUCUGAGCUGGUGCAGAAGUAUGUCGGUGAAGGUGCACGAAUGGUUCGAGAAUUGUUCGAAAUGGCCAGAACGAAAAAGGCGUGCAUUAUUUUCUUUGACGAAAUCGAUGCUAUUGGUGGCGCCCGUUUCGACGACGGUGCUGGCGGUGACAAUGAAGUCCAAAGAACCAUGUUGGAGCUGAUUACUCAACUUGACGGCUUCGAUUCGAGAGGAAACAUCAAAGUCAUGUUCGCUACCAACCGACCUGCCACUCUGGACCCUGCACUGAUGCGACCGGGUCGUAUCGACCGUAAAAUCGAGUUCGCUCUACCAGAUCUGGACGGCCGCGCCAACAUUCUGAGGAUACACGCAAAGAGCAUGUCUGUCGAGCGUGACAUCAGAUGGGAGUUGAUUGCAAGACUCACUGGUCAAGCAACAGGUGCUGAGCUUCGAAGUGUAGCGACCGAGGCUGGAAUGUUUGCAAUCCGAGCGAGAAGGAAGGUCGCGACCGAGCAAGACUUCUUACAAUCAGUCGAGAAAGUUAUCAAAGGGAACUCAAGGUUCAGCUCCACAAAUGUAUACGCACAAUAUAAUUAGGUCUGGUCGACAGCCAUGUUUCAGCAAAGAAGAGCGCGGCAUUGCAUUCUCCUGGAGUCCGGCAUGGCUAGAUCUGGGUUACGCGGGAGGCGGCGGCUGCUCUCGGUGCGGCUGGCCUUGUAAGAUUAACAUCAGAAAUGAAAGAAUAUUACGCUGCAUUCCUGUGUCUCUCGAGAUGAUGGAUCAUAUAUUCAAGAGCAGGAACACUGUGCCUCAAUGCAUGCUGAUUCUCGUCCAUCCUGGCCCGCACCUCUUGGCCUACUAUGUACCUCUGGAAUCGUCCCAUAGUAUUCGAGUCACAAUUAACCGGAAGGAGAGGCUCUUCCAGUAAAUUUGCCAAUAGACUCGAGAAAAGAGAAAGGCUAAAGACAUGAUGCAGAUACUUUCUCUUGCGCGAGAAAUGAGGCUUUAAAAGUGUGGCCAUGAUAGGAAGCGUGGGAAGUGUAGGAAGUGUAUGGCACCAAUG